UGUUCUACUUUUUUGUUUUUCUUUUAGUGCUGCUGCUUUGACUGCAUGACUUUGCCAGACAACAAACUAAAGGUUAACGUUGAAUACAUCAGCUCAGACGGAGGAGACUGAACAUUGAUGUAUGCUGUCCUGCCCUCUUUUUCUACCAAUGGCUAGAUACGAUGGCUCCGCGAUAGGUGUUGGUGAGUUCCUGGUGUAUAUGAAGGUUACUCUCCUGCUUGUCUGGCUGAAAGUAUUCCUCUUCCUUCCUGGAUGGCCCCAGCUUGGGCACUCCCAAAGACUUGGCCCCCCAGAAGUGGUGAUUCCCCGGAGGGUAACACCCACUGGCAGAGGCAUGAAGCUUCAAGGCUGGUUCUCUUACAAACUGCAUUUUGGGGGCCAGAGACAUGUUGUUCAUAUAAAGGUCAAGAAGAAUUUUUUGUCCAAAAACUUCCCAGUGUUCACCUACACAGACAAGGGCGUUCUCCUGGAAGACCACCCUUUUGUCCAGGAUGACUGUUAUUACCGUGGUUACGUGGAGGGGGACCCAGAGUCUCUGGUUUCCCUCAGUAACUGCUUCGGGGGCUUUCAAGGAAUGCUACAGACAAAUGACAUUGUUUAUGAAAUUGAACCCAAAAGGUUUUCUACUGCAUUUGAGCAUCUAAUAUAUCAGCUAGACAAUCAGGACACAAAUUUUUCAUACUUUCGAUGUGGGUUAACAGAUGAAAAAAUGGCAGGACAAUUGAAGAUUCAAGAAAGCAUUAAUUCCACUUUGAUGCAAAGUGCCUAUACAGGCUGGUGGACCCACCACUAUUUUCUUGAAGUGGCAGUGGUCGUAGAUCACAGUCGAUAUCUUCAUCAUCAAAGUAAUUCUUCGCUUGUGCAGAAAGAAGUGUUCCUUGUUUUAAAUGGAGUAAGUGACCUUAUGAAAGCACUGGAUCUUGAGGUAUGUUUCAAGGGAAUAGAGAUAUGGACUGAAGAGAGCCUUAUUGCAAUAGGAGGCGUUGGAAAGACCUUGGACAACUUUUGCAAAUGGAAGCAAAAGGGCUUCCAUAAUCGUGUGCCCCACGAUGUGGUACAUAUUUUUGUAAAAAAGAAUUAUGGUGAAACUCUUGGCUUAGCCUUUAUUGGGACAGUGUGUUUAAGUCGAUUUAGUUGUGGAAUUGAGACUUUCCAUGAUCAACGAAUUUUUCUUUUAUCAUAUGUUGUGACUCAUGAGAUGGGUCAUAAUUUGGGUAUGGAUCAUGAUAAUCCCAAAAUAUGUAAAUGUGGAGCAUCAAAGUGCAUAUUGUUUCCAUCUGUAGCAUUAACAACUAAAUUCAGCAACUGCAGCUAUGCUGAUUAUUGCAACCUUGGUCAUAGAAGACGCUGUUUGUACACUUCACCAAAUCCACAUACAGUCAUCAGGGAGACACGCUGUGGAAACAGUGUGGUUGAAGAAGGAGAAGAGUGUGACUGUGGAUCCUUGGAGAUGUGUAACACUGAUCCCUGUUGUCAGUUAAACUGCACUGUGACAGCUGGUGUCAACUGUGCUUUUGGGCUUUGUUGCCAUAACUGCAUGUUCAGCCAAUCAGGCACCGUGUGUAGGAAAGUAGAAAAUGAAUGUGAUCUUCCAGAGUGGUGCAAUGGGACAUCCUAUCAGUGUCCAGAAGACGUGUACAUGCAGGAUGGGACCUCCUGCACAGGCGGUGGUUACUGCUAUCAAAAGAGAUGCAAUGAUCGUGAUGAACAUUGUAGGCAAAUCUUUGGCAAAGAGGCCAAAAAUGCAAACUCGAGUUGCUACAGGGCAGUGAAUACCCGAGGUGACCGUUUUGGUAACUGUGGUAUCACAGAAACCUCAUACGUAAGAUGCAACAUGGCAGACAGCCUGUGUGGGAGGAUACAGUGUGAGAACGUCAAAGAAAUUCCUCUAAUGAGUGAUCAUACUACUCUGCAUUGGACUAAAUUCGAUAAUAACACUUGCUGGGGUACAGACUACCACCUCGGGAUAAGAAUAGCUGAUAUUGGUGCAGUGAAAGAUGGUACAAAGUGUGGUCCCGAAAACAUCUGCAUCAGAAGGAGGUGUGUCUCUUAUUCCACUGUGCCACGUAACUGCUUGCCUCAGCUCUGCUCUUUGAGAGGAGUCUGCAACAACAGACAGCACUGCCACUGCCACUAUGGGUGGGGCCCUCCCGUCUGCCAGGAAAACGGCACAGGAGGCAGUGUGGACAGUGGCCCAGCCCCUGAGCCCCAAACAGAAGAAAGGGAACUAGAGAAAGAUUUGAAACCCGGGGAAAAUUUGAUUUGUGUUCAUGUCAGAAUUGUCUCAUUAACAGCUUUCGCCUUAGUAGCACCCGUAAUUUCUGCUAUAUACAUAUUUGGUUACACUCAGAACCAACAAGACUAUAAGUCUCAGCCAUACUGGCAUGGCUACCAAGCAUUGUAG